UAGCUUUCAGUUUCACGGAUCCAAGGUAAGGAACAAAGACGGGUGGGUUGUGGAAACUUUUUCUACAGAGUCUUCUUUAAACUCCUUAUUUGUAUAACUUCAACAACAAACAAAACCCUGAAGAAAACACUCCUCAUACUUCUCUCAGAAAAAUGGCAUUAAGCAGCAAUGUUAUCGGAGCCAUCAACUUCGUCGCCAUGCUUCUUUCGAUCCCAGUCAUUGGUGCCGGAAUCUGGCUUACAACCGAACCGGACAAUUCCUGUGUGAAGAUUUUACAAUGGCCGGUUAUUAUCUUGGGCAUUUUGAUUUUGGUUGUGGCUCUUGCAGGCUUUAUAGGAGGCUUCUGGCGCAUUCCGUGGCUGCUUAUAUUCUACCUUGUAGCGAUGCUCAUUCUCAUAAUAUUACUGGCCGCUUUGGUUGUGUUUGUCUACAUGGUUACGGUUAGGGGUUCAGGCCAUCUUGAGCCGAGUAGGGCUUACUUAGAAUAUCGUCUGGAUGAUUUUUCAGGGUGGCUACGUAGAAGAGUUCAGAGUCCUUACAAAUGGGAUAGGAUAAAAACCUGUCUUAGCUCAACACAAAUGUGUCCUGAGCUGAAUCAAAGUUUUCGGAUGGCUCAGGAUUUUUUUAAUGCGCACAUAACGCCUUUGCAGUCUGGAUGCUGUAAGCCCCCUACACAGUGUGGGUACACAUUUGUGAAUCCAACGUAUUGGAUAAGUCCCAUCAACAACGCGGCAGACAUGGAUUGCCUGCAAUGGAGCAAUGACCAAAAUCAACUAUGCUAUAACUGCGAUUCAUGCAAAGCCGGAUUGCUCGCAAAUCUAAAGAAAGAAUGGCGAAGAGCAGACAUCAUUUUACUCGUAACUCUAAUUGCUUUGAUCUGGGUUUAUUUGAUUGGGUGUUGUGCGUUCAGAAAUGCCAAAACAGAAGACCUCUUUCGAAGAUACAAGCAAGGAACAAAUUACACGUAAGAGGAGAAAUAGAAUUAAUUAAGUAGUGUGAAUUUGAUUUUUGAUAACUUAAUUUUAUGAACGUAUUGUAAAAGAAGAUCGAUCCUUUUGUUUUGUUGUUUACAUUAUUAAUUUAGUAAAAUAAUGUGUUGGGUUUGGUGA